ACCUCAAAGCUCUGAAGAAGAUACAACUACUUCAGCAGUGAGAGCAGAAACUGAGUUCACAUCCUGACAAGCAGAACGCACGCUCCGGGAUUUAGCACAGGGAAGACCAUGGCUGCUACACUGCUAGGGGUAAGCAUCCUUUUUCUUCCUUUCUUUCCAUGAAGUUUCCAAAAUCUCAGAGAACGCAACGACACAGUUAAUGGUUGAUCAAAUUUGAGAUUCAGCUUAGUCUCGGAGCUGUUAAAGCACUUGGACAAGGGCCGCAACUGUUCAAAUAUUUCUAAGUUUAAAGAUGAAGUGAUUAGUUUUUAUUUUUAAUUUUAACUGCGUCUCCGCUUAGUAAACACGCUAGCCAAUGCUGUACGCGUCUCUACGCGCAACAUGCAGCCUCAGCUCAGGAGUGACAGUCCAAAAUGUUUGUUUUUCCCUGCAGGAGGAGCCUCGUCUAGGCAACACUCCUCUAGCCAUGCUGGCCGCCACCUGCAGCAGAAUCGGUGACCCCAGCCCCUCAUGCUCCCCCGCUCUCUCGGAUGGAGCCCCGGGACUCGUAAAGGGCUUUCACCCGUGGAAAAGGAGCGCGCCGGGCGCCAGCAAUCUCGGGGCCUGCCUUAGCGCGCUCGGGGUUCCCCCUGGAGCCACCAGAGGUGGUGGGUCCGGGCUGACGGACUCCUCCAGUGCUUUCUCGGUGACCACGGCCAACUCUCCUUUUGGGAAUGAUUUUUCUAUGUAUCAAACCGCCGCGCCUUCAGACAACAGUGCGCCUGAUCACAUGCAUGCGCAGCGGUCCGUGUUUCUGAGUAAAUUUCCCUCCACAGUGGAAGGCAUUGCCGGGAUAUACCCAAGGAUGCAUGCGCAUCCCUAUGAGUCAUGGUUCAAGCCCAUGGGAGAUAUCAGUAACGGGUCUUCAGCUUGGUGGGACAUGGGGAGCAGCUGGGUUGACACACAGAGCCCGUCCGGGUUACCUUCUCCUCUGAGCGGCUACAGCUCUGACUACAGCUCCGCAUUUAGCCCCGGAGCCCCUCAGCACCUGCUCCCCGCCACACAGCAUCUGUUUGACGGCUUCAGACCACCUGUCCCGGCCCCUUACGCGGAACCCACGACAACAGGGACACCUGCGCUGUCAGGAAAUCCCGUGGUUUCUCUCCCUGCGUCGUCCCGCUCCUCAUCACGACGUUACUCUGGCAGAGCCACGUGCGACUGUCCGAACUGUCAGGAGGCGGAGAGCCUCGGCCAGGGCGGCACGAGCCCGCGGCGAAGAGGCUUACACAGCUGCCACAUCCCCGGCUGCGGGAAAGUUUACGGAAAGACCUCUCACCUGAAGGCUCACCUGCGCUGGCACACCGGGGAGAGGCCGUUUGUCUGUAACUGGCUCUUCUGUGGCAAACGCUUCACGCGCUCGGACGAGCUGCAGCGGCAUUUGCGCACGCACACUGGAGAGAAGAGGUUCGAGUGCUCCAUUUGCCAUAAACGCUUCAUGCGCUCCGACCACCUCAGCAAGCACGCCAGGACGCACAACACGGACGGAUCGGAGGAAGGCGGGGAGCCGGGGCUCGGUAAAGGCGGCAGCGACACAGACAAUAGCCUCUCGGGGAGCCCGAGCCUGUCUCCAGGGCUGCAGGGGCGAGAGACUGUCCAAAACAUAGAGGGGCACAGUGCAGUGGAAUAAUACAUGUGGACGUUUGUGUUUUCAUGGACACUCAGAAAAUGAAAUGGCACUUUAUAAUGAACUCCAGCUGUGGAUGAACAUGUGUCCUUAUACCUCAUUUAUUUUCAAACCUCUGCAGAAUAAACUUUUACACUUUACAGUUGAUCCGAUUUAUGUUACUGGAGACUAUAUGAGCCUUAAUUUAUUCUCCAUUUUUCCCUCGAGUUAAAGGAGGAAGUUAAAUCCAGGUUAGGUUAUUCCUGUGCUUUCUUGAUUUAAAGUUGUGUUAUUAUCUGAAAUAUAAUAGUACAUUUUUAUGAGUUAUACCUGUUUGUAAGCAAUGAGUUUGGUAUUAAUGAAAUAGGACAAUUUUGGAGAUAUUUACUACAUGUAUGAACAAGUUUUAAGUAUUAAAAAACGGAAAUUAAAUAAAAACUUGUAUCCUUUUCAAUAUUUAAAAAUAAUAUACACUGAUACAUGUGUAAUUUGGGAUAUUUUUAAAUGAGGCUUUUACUAUUUUGGUGUGAGGUAAGAUUUUAGUUGGAAUAGGCCUAAAUAUCUGCCAUGUAGCUACUCAAGUGUACCACAGCUAUGAGUGGAUAUGUUUUAGCCAAUGUAGGACCCACAUGAAGAUUCAUUUUGCCCUGACAGGUAAAAAAAAGACAUUAUAUGACUAAUAAAUAACACUAUCUUGCCCACUUCCUAUUGCUUUAAACAUCAAGAUCCAUCAGUUCUAUGUCUCUUUUGCAGUCGUGUCCAUCUUCAGCAAACUUUGAUUCAUUUCAUCAGAUAACUGCAUUCAACCAACAACAGGAAAUAAAAGUUAUAUUUCAAAAGAAAA